AUGACGUCUCAUGAUGCUUCAAUUGAUGGUCUACCAAAUGAAAUCCUCACAUCAAUCAUAUCUCCAUUUCCAACCAAAGAGCUCCUCUCUCUUGCCACCAUCAAUCGUCGCUUCUGCUCCCUAAUCACGCGCCUCAUCCACCACCGCCUCCUCCAAGCUGCUCCCCUCCCCGAUAACAAACUCAUUUUAGAAUGCUACCUUCCAAGUGACCAGCUCUUCGUCCCUUCUUUAGCAUGUCGCUACCAGGGUCUGGUGACCCGAGGCGACUCUCCUGUUAGUGAAGUUGACCCGACACUGUCUGAUCUGCGAUGUUUGUAUUCUUCUUUCAAGCCGUUCGAACCUGAGAGUCAAAGUCCCAGAAGAGGUCGUAGACGGCCCGUAGAGGCACACCCUUCCGAGGACACACAUGAUGAUACCGCUACACAGGAUAUCUUCCUUGAUGAUGGGGAGCUCUUCUCCCAGCUAUGUGCUAGCAUUCACCUCGUGAAGGAGGGGCCUAGAAGUGGCUUAUUCAUAAGUCAUGUCACUAUCGUGGACGGCGUCGUGCGUGUGUUUCGAAAAUGGCUUGCCGAAGCAGCAAGCAAACAGGAUCAGUCUCAACCUGGCCCAGAGAGUAUUCUCUGGGUUGACGAGAACAAUGAUGUCGGAAUACGAUUCAGUGUUGUCCCUGCACCAUCCGAGAGAAUGCCUCUGAUCUCAGGGCCCAACGAUGAUCCGCCCGUUCUUUAUAAACUGGUAUACGAAGAAUUACUCGUUCGAGCACACAAUAUACUAAAGGCCCUGGAGCUCUCCAAGGUGCAAGAGGUCGAGAGCUCAGGCAAGACCCUUGUGAUCCAUGUGGAUUCGAUGUAA